AUGGAAUAUGCGAAAGAGAGAAUGGAAAAGGAAGAAUAUAAGAUGAAUGGGAGCACAGGGGCGGAGGAGGAGGAGAGGGACAGAAUCAGAGAGGCAACAGAAGUUGUCUACAGAAAGAUUGAAGAACAGUUAUCAACCAAGAACCACGAGGUCCUCAUCAGCAGUCAUCAACCAAGAACCACGAGGUCCUUAGUAGUUAUCAACCAAGAACCACGUGGUCCUCAUCAGCAGUCAUCAACCAAGAACCACGAGGUCCUCACCAGUCAUCAACCAAGAACCACGAGGUCCUCAGCAGUCAUCAACCAACAACCACGAGGUCCUCAGCAGUCAUCAACCAACAACCACGAGGUCCUUAGCAGUCAUCAACCAACAUCCACGAGGUCCUUAGCAGUCAUCAACCAAGAACCACGAGGUCCUCAGCAGUCAUCAACCAAGAACCACGAGGUCCUUAGCAGUCAUCAACCAAGAACCACGAGGUCCUCAGCAGUCAUCAACCAAGAACCACGAUGUCCUCAGCAGUCAUCAACCAACAACCACGAGGUCCUCACCAGUCAUCAACCAACAACCACGAGGUUCUCAGCUGUCAUCAACCAAGAACCACGAGGUCCUCACCAGUCAUCAACCAACAACCACGAGGUCUUCACCAGUCAUCAACCAACAAGGAGACCAACAACCAGGUGGUCCUCAGUCGAGUCUCACACAGUCAAUCCUUUCCAAAGGCAGACAUUGCCAGCACUCCACAAAGGCAGACAUUGCCAGCACUCCACAAAGGCAGACAUUGCCAGCACUCCACAAAAGGCAGACAUUGCCAGCACUCCACAAAAGGCAGACAUUGCCAGCACAACACAAAAGGCAGACAUUGCCAGCACUCCACAAAAGGCAGACAUUGCCAGCACAACACAAAAGGCAGACAUUGCCAGCACAACACAAAAGACAGACAUUGCCAGCACAACACAAAAGGCAGACAUUGCCAGCACUCCACAAAAGGCAGACAUUGCCAGCACAACACAAAAGGCAGACAUUGCCAGCACAACACAAAAGGCAGACAUUGCCAGCACAACACAAAAGGCAGACAUUGCCAGCACUCCACAAAAGGCAGACAUUGCCAGCACUCCACAAAAGGCAGACAUUGCCAGCACUCCACAAAAGGCAGACAUUGCCAGCACUUCACAAAAGGCAGACAUUGCCAGCACAACACAAAAGGCAGACAUUGCCAGCACUCCACAAAAGGCAGACAUUGCCAGCACUUCACAAAAGGCAGACAUUGCCAGCACUUCACAAAAGGCAGACACCCUGUUUUUUACAUCCCCAUAA